AUGGUAUCGACCGAUGGAUUGAUGCCCAUAACGAGGGCAUUUCUUUCUUCUUACUACGAUAAGUAUCAGUUUCCUCCUCUCUCCGAUGACGUUUCCCGUCUCUCCGAUCAGAUUCGUGCCAUGUCUGCCGAUCUACUGCACGAUUCUCCCGCUACAGAAGGAGAAAUCUUAUUGGUACAAGAAGCUGACCGCCAGCCUCCCCACAAAAUUGACGAGAACAUGUGGAGGAAUCGAGAACAAAUUGAAGAAAUCAUUUACCUAUUGGAAGUCUCUCAUAGGUCCAUCGUGCUUCAUCAACAAUCAACACUUGAAGAUACUGAACUUCCUUCUGUUCUUGGGCCUCUUGAAGGGAAAUUUAAAUCUACAUUGAAGACUUUGGAAUAUUUCCAAGCCAAGAAUUCUGAGCAUGUAUUCAACACAGUUAUGACCUAUAUGCCACAAGAUUUCCGGGGUACUCUGAUCAGGCAACAGAGAGAGCGCUCUGAGAAGAAUAAGCAGGCCGAAAUUGAUGCUUUAAUUAAUUCUGGUGGAAGUAUACGUGAUCGAUAUGCUCUGCUAUGGAAACAACAGAUGGAGCGAAGGCGACAGUUAGCUCAGCUGGGUUCUGCAACAGGUGUCUAUAAGACUCUGGUGAAAUACUUAGUUGGAGUGCCACAGGUUCUACUGGAUUUUGUUCGGCAAAUAAACGAUGAUGAAGGGCCCAUGGAAGAGCAGCGACAGCGUUAUGGACCACCUUUGUAUAGCCUUACCAGACUGGUGCUAACUAUUCGACUUUUUCUUUCUCUUUUCUGGGGCCGUCUAGAAGCUAGUAAAUUGCAGAAGCGCCAAAUAUCUAUCUUGGAAGAAGCAGUUGAUGUUUAUAAUUCUGAGUUUGAAAGAUAUGUCAAAUUUAUUGGGGAGGUUUUUGCGAAUUCCCCCUUCUUUAUUUCAGCAGAGGAUGCUGGUGCAUUAGAGGCGAGGACCACCGAUGAUCUCAAGGAAAUCAGUGUUCCGGCAGGGCAGACAUAUGAGGUGUCUUUGACAGUGGAUUCUAUAAAUUCGUACAUUGCUUGGGAUUUCUCAUUGGUGCAGGGCAAAAUGAAUUUGGAUAUUGGAUUCAGCGUGGAGUGCACUGAUCCUUCUGGAAAAAAAACACUGAUCUUACCUUACCGGCGUUACGAAUCUGACCAAGGUAACUUCUGCACAUGCGUGUCGGGAAACUACAAACUCAUCUGGGACAAUUCGUAUUCAACCUUUUUUAGAAAGGUUCUGCGUUACAAGGUGGACUGUAUUCCUCCAGUUGCGGACCCUCUGCCUGUACUUGUACCUGUACCUGUACCGGCAGUUGAUCAAUAG